AUGGGUAAAACAUUUCGCAACAUCUGUGUCGUUUCUACCAACGACUUUCCAACCGACAAGAACGAAAAGAUCAAAGGCUGGAUCGAGCACAAUGGCGGCACGUUCUGCAAGGAAAUUUCCAAGGACGUCACACAUCUUCUUGCCAGCCAGAAAGCUUGGAAGAGAUAUCAUCCACUAGUCCGGGAAGCACGUCAGUACCGCACCAUCCGUAUCGUCCAGCUCGAAUGGCUGGAAGAUAGCCUCCUCAGCAAAUCAAAGCGUCCGCUAGACACAAUCAAGUACGAGUUCGAGCCGCGCAGGGUCACGAAGACGGUACGGAAGAGGAAAGCAGUCACUGAAGAGGAUACCCGUGGAAAGUCGGAACAGGGGAUCGAGAGCCAGAGUAUGACUUUAGAAACGAGAGGGCCACGAGACACGCUAGAGAAAGCGACGGGAAAGCGGCAGUCAAAGAAGAGGAAAGUCGUGAGAAAGAACAAGGCGAAUAUGGCAGGAAUGAAGCAGGAGAAGUCGAUCCUCAACAAAGAUGAACGCAUCGAAAUCGCUGGCAAGGAGUUUGACGCUGCAUGUGCCGAGUUCGAGAAGGACAUGGCUGUCUCCGGCUACCGCCCGUUCAUCGACAGUAACGGGUUCGUAUUCCUCGUCACCCUUGUGAGAAAGGACAUCUUGAGGAAUCAAUUGGAGAAACAUCGUCUCAAGGUGCGUUACGCACCUUACUUUGCCUCCCACCGCCACACCUUCUACCCGAUAUUGCCUGAAAAUCCAGAUCGCCGACGCAAGGUCUCGGACGAUGUCGUGUCUCCGGACAGGUGUGCACAGUAUUUGUCCUCUGGUUCCAGUGGAGAUGAUGCUUUUGCAGAAUUUGGUCCGCGGUUGUUGAAAGCCAGCCUGCCACCUUGCCCGGUCCCUCUGUGUUAUUUUCCCAAGCCAUAUCCCUACUCCCGGUACCCAGCAGUUGCAAGUUCUCUUCCCCGAUAUCUCAAACCAUCCAAUCCGGCAUUGCGGGUCCAUAUCCCCGAUCCGUGGGCUCAGGGAUUGCAGCUUUUCGAACACGAUCCGGCCGUCGCCAAAACUCCGACAGAGGAUUCCACACCCACCAAGCCGAAGCAACCGAGAUUCAAAUCAUACGCGUGCUACUUCAUAUACACGCGACCAGGCCAACGGCACGUACAAAUGCUCGCGCCACCUGGCAGCACAUUUGACUUCGCAUGGGAUAUGUUCCGCAAAUUCUUCAAGAGACGGGUCGGAGUGGACUGGGAAGAUCGCGAGAGUGCAAAGAGACGUCUCCAGAUGGCUGAUGCCCAAGACGGAAAGAUCGGUGGUGAAGAUGGCGCAAACGAGCGGCGAUGGGAUUUUUGGGGACCACUGGUGGCAAGUUGGGGAGGGAACGACGACCCUGUUGAGCCUGCGCCAUCAGUUGAAGGGAGGGAACGACGACCGAGCGUGACCGUUGUCAUGAACACAACCGAGCUCACCGCGACAGAAGCAAUCGACGCCAAGGCAAAGACCCCUCCAGCAGGAUGGUAA